AUGACAUUGCAAACAGCUACCAAAUCCACUGAUUAUUAUCCGUGCCCGUUCAGCAUCUAUAGAUCUCAAAAUCAAUUGUGCUCAUAUUGGCGAUUUAAUAGCAUUCGUACAGUGUGUAUGUUUUACUCAUUCUUGUUUUUAAUCCUCAUCGCACCUGUUCAAUCCAUCUCCAGCGAUAGCACAAGUCAAACACCAGUACGAUACGAAGCCAGCACAUUUUUAUACAAUAAUACUUUAAUGGUAUAUGGUGGAGCUGACAAGAUAGCCAAAAAAAUGAAGCUCAUAUCCUCAAUUCUGAGCUACAAUUUCAAUACAAAAACUUGGUCCACUAUCAAGCUGGACACUGUAAAAAGAUCAUCGUCGCCUAUAGCAUCUCAUACUACACAUGUCAUUUCACCUACUACGGCUUUAAGCUUGUUUGGUAUGACGGGCGGUCUUCCCGACACAGAUGGGAAAUGGGCUCCGUGGAAAACGCGAUAUUCUCGACAUGUCUACACAAUGGAUUUGACUGGCAUGAACUCAAAGGUAUUUAAUACCAUUCCAAAAAUAGGCCAACGUGGUGCACCUUCAACUAGAGCCAGGCAUGCAAGCGUAUGGGAUGCUUCUACUAAAACCGUUUGGGUGUUUGGCGGAUAUACUAAGAAAGGACCAGUAACAGAUCUAUGGGCCCUAGAUGUCGAAUCUAAAAGAUGGACUCGUAUGCAGGACCCUCCCAAUAUAUUUGGUACACAGAAUAAGAUUGGUUCAGUCGGAUCGUCCAUGGUAUUUUUGGGAAAAGACUUGAUUAUAAGUGGUGGCAGUCAUGGAUCUCCAAAAUCUGCUACAAACAACUUUCAUGUGUUUGAUACGGUCGCUCGUACUUGGUCUACACCCACCAUCAUUGGACCAUCUCCAUCUCCACGAAGUCUAGGCGGAAUAGCUGCUACAUCCAACAAGACAUUCAUCUUGUUUUCUGGACAAGGCGGCUACGACAUUCCUGCCACGGAUUCAUACACGGGUGAAUACGAUGCCAGCCAAAAAUCGUUGCGUUUCAAUUUACUACAACCUCAACCAAAUGAUGCCGAGUCAUCAUCAAAUGAACCCAUUUAUCCAGCACCACGAGAUUCGUUUGGAAUGACUGCAGACUCGAGCGGAAACGUAAUCAUGUUUGGUGGGCGUGCCAACAAUCGUCUGUUUAUAGAUAUCCCAACAGUGUCAAUAUUUUCUGGUACGCGAUGGAUACCUGUGUCAACCUUUACACCAGGACAGCCAGCCUUGCCUACUCAUCCUACAGAUACUUUGACUGUAGAACCACCUUCCAAUUUCACCGUCAUAUUGACUUCACCAAACAACAAUCAAACUAAUACAAAAACACCAAACACCCAGCCACCACAGCAGUCAAAAGGCAGUUUGGCACCUGACAUGGUUGCUAUUAUUAUUGCCAUCUGUGCAUGCAUCAUAGCUAUUGUCAGCGUUUUUAUAUCUUUGUAUACCGUGUUGGUUCUCGAGCCGGUACGACCAAGAUUGGCAAAACCGCAAUUGGCAACAGCUUAUUGCCAAACCAAUCAUGUUGAAAAUGAGAUAUGCACAGUGACUACACAAUCGCCUUCACCGCCACCACCAGCCAAUCUUUCUCAUGGCAUGAUGGCUGCACCACUAUCAAUGAUUUCUCCUCAAGGGCCAGUUGCACCUACUAGGAUAGCUCCUCCCACUUUAUUCAAAAACAAUGAAUCCGCGUUUCCAGCUCCAGCUCCAGCUCGUGCUUUGAACUCGGAAUACAAUCCCGACAGGUAUCAAAGUAUUACAAGCCAUCUCGACCGUGAACAGAUUAUCCAAAAAAACAUUUACAGUCUAAGACAUUUUAUUAGCAGUGCAGAAGCAGCUGCGCACACUGCUGGAAUCAUUGGAGAGUUGAGUGAUGAUGAAUGCUCAUAUACAGCAGCCUUGGAUACAUGCGAUCGGCCAAAUAAGACCGAAUUAGGUAAGAAAUAUGUUGAACUUGAUACACGGUUGAAGCGUUCAUCUGCGGUUACAUUUGGUGCAUACCAUCCAACAGAAGCAUCUUUUUCUGAAGCGAGUCCAUCCAUUCAAGAAAGCAAUUUGGCAUCUGAGCGAUUGUCUUCUAUUGGGAUUCAACCACCAAAUAAGCUAGCCAUUCAAAUACCUCAAGAGCAUGUGCAUCGUACACAACUUACAAGCAAAUCAUCGAUUGUUUCUGUUGUUCCUACUAUAACAUGGACUGUUUCACCCACUACUACAAUCCAGACCGAGGCAGCCAAGUCGGCUGCAAACCUGGCUCUGAAGGACACAACUCAUGCACGCCAACCCGAAGAUCCUGUUAGAACUGUUUUGACUGAUACUGAUACUGCUGAUACCAAGCCAACACCCAAUCAGCAGACUACCGAGCAUGCAUAA